AUGAGCCAGACUAACAAAACCUGGGUUACAGAAUUCCUCCUCCUUGGACUUACUGAUGACUCUCAAACUCAGUUGCUGCUCUUUGUAUUGUUCCUUGUCGUCUACUUGAUUACUGUGCUUGGAAACCUGCUUCUCAUCUCCCUAGUUCUCUAUGACUCACAGCUUCAUACACCCAUGUACUUUUUUCUGUGUAACUUAUCUACAGCUGACUUCUGUUUCUCUACCACUAUUGUUCCCCAAGCCCUAGUCCAUAUGAUUUCCAGGAGAAAGUUUAUUUCCUUCAUGGGCUGUGCAGCUCAGCUUCUUUUCAUCCUCCUUUUUGGAUGUACAGAAUGUGCAUUGUUAGCUGUGAUGUCCUAUGACAGGUACUUAGCUAUCUGUGACCCCAUGCACUAUCCUCUCAUCAUGACAUGGAAGGUAUGCAUCAAACUAGCCUUGGGGUGUUGGGUCAGUGGCAUACUAGUGUCUAUGGUGGAUACAACAUUCACUCUACAACCUCCAUACCAGGGAGAAAAUAGGAUUCCUCAUUUCUUUUGUGAGCCCCCAGCUCUCCUGGCCCUGGCAUCUGCAGAUACCCACAGCUCACAGAUGGCCAUUUUCCUUAUGGGUGUGGUGAUUCUUCUUGCACCUGUGUCCCUGAUCUUGGUAUCCUAUGGAUGUAUCAUAAUAACUGUGGUCAGGAUGAAGACAACCUCAGGAAGACUCAAGGCAUUCUCCACCUGUGGAUCCCAUCUUCUUGUGGUUGUCAUUUUUUAUGGGUCAGCCAUAAUUUCCUACAUGACACCCAGGACUGCUAAGGAGCAGGGGAAGCUGGUGUCUGUGUUCUAUGCAGUGAUAACCCCUAUGCUUAACCCCCUUAUUUACAGCUUAAAGAACAAAGAUGUGAAGAAGGCAUUCAGAAAUGCAGUUAUCCAGGGACCACUCCAAAGAUUCUGA